UGAGAAAACCAAACAAUGGAAGAAGCAGACAUAGAACUCAAGAUUCCUGACCCGUUACGAGCCGAUUGGUUCAUGAUUCUUGUCGACAUCCAAGCCGAUCUCAUCUACAACGCACUCGUGGUCUUAACCUCACCACUCUUCCUCAUCUACCGCUCAUACCGCCGCGCAGCAGCUGCCAUCUCCGUAGCAGAAAAUACGGUUAAACGUGCUCCAUCAAGGAUCAAGGGUGGUGCCGCGAGGGUUGUUAGGAGGACGUGGUUUGGUGUAAUGGGCGCAUGCCACGUGUCGGCGAUAAUGGUGGCGGCUAUGAUUUUGGCGGUUGUGUUAGGUGUCGGGAUUGUGAGUUUGUAUGUAGAAAAGCCUGUGGUUGUGAGAGAAAGAUUGUUUUUCGAUUACACUGAAGAUAACCCAAGUGCGGUUUUUAGUUUGGGCAAGAAGAAGAGACCGUUUGGUGUUCCCCUUGGACAUAAGGUUCAUGUCUCUUUAGUUCUCUGGAUGCCUGAAUCUGAUCUCAACCGACGAAUCGGAUUAUUUCAGUUGAAAGUAGAGCUUCUAUCACUGAAAGGCGAGAUAAUAGCAAGAUCAAGCCAACCUUGCAUGUUACGGUUCAGAAGCCAACCCAUAAGACUUGCACGAACAUUCGUGAUGAGUGUUCCACUUGUUGCCGGAAUAGCAAACGAAGCACAAACAAUGAGAAUAGAUGCGUUAAUGCACCAAGAGAAAGGGACAAGAACAAAAACCGUGAGGGUGACUCUGAUUCCACGUGCACAGACUCGGUUAUUGCCUCAGUUAUAUGAAGCUGAGAUUGUCAUAAAUUCAAAACCUCCAUGGACUAAACGAAUGGCUUAUAAUUGGAAAUGGACUCUUUGCGUCUGGACUUCAAUGUAUCUUUUUGUCCCUAUCCUAAUCGCUCUUCUAUGGUGUUUUAGACCGUUCUUGUUCCCUUACGUUACUUCAAGAACCGUUGUGGAAGACCAAAACACAGAGAUCAGAGUAGUCCAAGAGGAAGUAGCGGGAAGAAGAUUGAGGGAAAGAAGAAACAAGCCUCGUCGACGAACCACGACACAGGAAAUUUAUAUAUUGUAAUAAAAUUAUUUGUGUGUGUGUGUGUUUUCUCUGCAGAAUCAAAUUCUGCUCUGUAAUAAACCGCUAAUAACAAGAACUAUAGAUAGUAGUAAAAUUGACCAAACGUUGAGAAAUUUUGUUAAGACUAUUGGUUGGGUUUCAUCUUCAUACUUUAGUUUUUUAUUUUUUUUUAAAUCUCUAAAUUUUACUAAUAUUGUUGUAGCUUUAUUUUUAAAAGUUAAAGCGUACAUUAAAUUUCUAUUAAUGUUUACCAAUCAUGCUUUAACUUUAUUUUUAGAAUUAUACUUUAAGUUAUAGCAAAAAAAAAUAAAACAAAUUUUAUCUUAUAUAUUUUAGAAAUAAAUGGUAGAAUCUGUAAAAAAUAAAAAAUUUAUCUAUAAUAUAAACUUAAUUAGAUAACCAUAAUAAACAUUUAUAAAUAUUCAUUUAAUUUUGGGUGAUUUUUAAUUAUUGAAAUAUUUACAAUAGCAUAAAUAUUAGUUACAUAUCAUAUUUUAAAUAACAAUAAACUUUGAUAAUUUAUAAAAAAAUAAUAUAAAUUAUUUUAAUUGAUAAAAUAAUAUUUUAUAUAUACAUCACAUAUUUACAUAUUUUAUUUUAAAUUAUCAGAUGACAAAAAAAAAAAAAAAUUUAAAUUAUCUAAAACAUGUAGCUUAAAACGAUAACAAAUUGAACUAUACCAAAAAUCUCUAGAAAAAAAGUCUACACUAAUAAGUUCACAGCUACAACCGAUGUAUCCACAACUACAAUUUUAAAGCUAAAUUUUUAAAGUGACAGUCAAACCAAUCAUCACUAUUUGGGAAAAAUAAACAAGUUAAAUUGUUAAAAAUUAGUAAUUUGAAAUUUGUUUCUCAUAUACAAAUCUUUUAAAGUCGUUCAAAUUACUAAUCCAAUUUAAAGCAUCCAAAGUCCUAUUUAAAACAAUAUAGAAUUACAUGUCAAACAUAAAACCAUAAAUAAACCGUAAAGGCAAUGUUUUGAAAACCAGACACGACAUUGACUCGGCAUUGUAAAUGGAUCAAUGGUCAGACCGGUCCAACCGAGCUUUAAAUUUUAAUUUAAUUUUAGAUUAACUAGCUAUAUAUAUAAUUAUAAAAUACUGUUGUAUAAAAUUGUAUAUCAUUGUUAGAAUCUAUAUAUCUAUCUAAAUAAAUUAUUUAUCAUUAUAUUUUAUAUUAUUUUAAAUGUUUUAUUUAUUUUUAUAUCAUAAACAAUAUAAUUUUUUUAUGAUUUUUUUUAAAAGUUUCUAGUUUUUAAUAUUUUUAACUUAAAUUUGAGAAAAUCAGGUUUUAAUAUUGAACCGAGUCACCGAUUUUAGCGAACUUUACCCGUUUUUGAGCGGGUUUGCCAGUUCAACUCAAAUCUAGUUUUUAGUACAACCCGAAAAUGGUUAGAAGACCGAGUCACGGUCCGACAGCCAGUCCGGUCUGUUUUCUAAAACACUGUUUAAGUGAAUAAAAAAUUGAUAGAGAAAUACCCUAUUAUACAAAAAGGAUUUCAAAGAGAAAAAUGACUAAACUAGCAUUUAUUAAAUGGUUUAAAACAAAUAUACACCUUAGAUUAAUUUGUCUAAAAUUAGGGUUUAGUUUUAAAGUGGUAAAGUGUUUGGAGAUUAAGAUUUAGGAUCUAGAUUUUAGGAUUUAUGUAUAAAAUAAUAAAUUCUAAUAUAUUUUUUAAAAAAUAUCUAUUUAAAUUAAAUGUAUUAUUCUUUAAAAGUAACUUAAUCUUCUUACUCUUUAAUGAAAUCUAUUUAAUAAUUUUUGUCUUUGAACUAUUUAGUUAUAGAAAAACUUAUUUUGUGGUGUUUUAGAAGAUUUUCCCUUUUGAUAUUACAUAAAAAGUUCCAUAAAAGCAAAGGAUUUCAAAAAUAAGAGUUCAAAAUAUAUAUUUACAGCUUAAUUAGCGGUUAAUGCCAUCAAUGCAAAUCUAGUUUACUUUUUUGUUUUAUCUUGAGCAUCAAGCUGAGAUUUUCCUUUUAAUAAAAUCUUAAAUAAAAAAUCAGUUUCAUAUAUGUUGAAGAUCCUUCUCUUUCCUUUUUUACACGAAACAAGUGUAUAUAUACUUUGUAUAUAUAAAGCAUCCUCAGUGUGCAGUUUUUCUAAAGCGUUGAGAAGAUAAAAAACAUGGUCAACUCAAAAUUCGUUCUUUUGGCUUUCAUAGCUCUGUCUCUUUUUCUUUCCGGUGCUGAAACAAGAGAUACUGUGUGGUCUGGCUCUAAAUUAUCUUCAUUUUGUUGCGUCAGUCAGCCUCAAUUAGGACCUUGUGAUACAAAACAACAGAAUGAUAGAUGUGAGAAGCUGUGCAUCCGUGGUUGUAGCCUAAACAAAGGCGGCGGCUGUCAACCUGUUCCUACUGGUUCUGUUUGUUCAUGUUACUGUUAAACUAGCGUCAUGAAAAAUUAUGCACUUUUUUCUUUGAUUAUUUAUUAAUAAAACAUAUUCUUUUGUUAUGCUC